AUGUACCCCGGACAAGCAGGCGCUCCAAGACCAAGCAGCAACACUUUGAUCGAUGAGCGUUUAUCAGAUCAGGCGAGUGCGUUGCAGCUGCCGCCAUUCCGUCAACUCGACGAGGCGAGCGGCAAGGCUUCGGGCUACCUGCCGCCAUUCCGUCAACUCGACGAGGCGAGCGGCAAGGCUUCGGGCUACGUGAGAUUGUGGUCACGCAAGGUCACCGCCAAGAACGAACCCCCUGGGAUUUCAUGGGCGUUGAGAAAAUCAGUCUCACACCUGUCAUAA